AUGCACUUUGUCGCUACCAGUUUCGCCCAGCGAUCGGUUCUCAGUCCACUUUACCGUCGCCAGGCCUUGGAACCGACGGAUCCUACUAACGAACCGGCCUACAAGGCUCACUUCAAGCAAACUCGGAUUACCACCAGCGAGAAUGGCGAGCCCAUCUGGGAGAACCCAAUCAACCACGCCGUCUAUGAUCUCGACAAGAUCACCACCAUGCAGCAGACCCACCACCCAAUCACCAAAAUGCACGAACGUGUGGCCUACUUGGCCGUCCAGACGCUUCGUACAGGCUUUGACAUUGUAUCGGGCUAUCGCGGCCCGGGCGGUGCCAUGACCGACAAAGACUGGGUCAACCGCUGCCUCUUCCUCGAGUCCGUGGCGGGCGUACCCGGCAUGGUGGGCGGUAUGCUGCGCCACCUACGCUCGCUACGCAAGUUCAAACGCGACUACGGCUGGAUCCACACGCUACUGGAGGAGGCCGAGAAUGAGCGCAUGCAUCUGCUCAUUUUCAUGAACAUCAAGCAGCCCGGCUACUUCUUCCGCACUUUGGUCUUGGGAGCUCAGGGUGUCUUCUUCAAUGCCUUCUUCCUCACCUACUUGGUCUCGCCAAAGACGUGCCACCGCUUCGUGGGCUACCUCGAAGAGGAAGCUGUUAAGACGUACACGUGUCUACUUAAGGACAUUGAGGACGGACACCUGGACGCGUGGAAGGAGAAGAAGGCGCCGCUCAUUGCGCAGACGUACUACAAGCUGCCGGAGGACGCUGCAACCACCGCGACGUGA